AUGAAAACCAGCCUCGUACUUACAUGUUACCAGUUCAAAACAUCGAAACCUUCCGGAUGUAUUACUCCUAGACUACACAGUUCACCUAAGUUCUAUAAGUCUGGAAUACCUCUGCGCCACGUUUUCAAAUUAUCAUCUUCUCCUCAAUUCCUCGACGUAUCUCACAGACUUGUGAAUCGAUUCAACGACAAGUUGUGUGAGCAUAGUGUCUGUGAUACAGUGGAAUUUUUCGAUGCAGUAAGCAGUUUUAAUGUUUCGAAAAUGCUGGAACUACUUUUUCUAAGAGGCUACUGUCACAGAAUGUCCUCAAUCUCGCCAAUGCAUGCAGAUGGAGAAUACGAUCGACACUGA